CACUGAAAAAGCGUGCAUUAACAAGUACACUACAGAAACUCAUUCAUCUAUAUAUUUUUUCGGGCCAGUGAACGGGUUUGUAGCUCUUCUUCUAUCAGUCCUAAUAAAGAGCAUUCCUUCUGCAUGUGUUGCUUGGCAACGAGUCACCAACACACCAGAGGAGGAGACUGUAGUUUACAGUUGCAGCAAUGUCGUCCAGUUACUCAGCAAACCAGUAUGACGGCGCAUUUAAACCGCACAGGCUGCAGAACUGGUGUGAGACUAAGCACUUCAAAGAGAGACCUACUGCGCAUUUGGGUCACACCACCUUCAUUGCAGAUAAUAGAGGACACCUGCUUCCAGGAGUGGGGAAGAGAGGCUCUGCAUGGCCUGACUAUAAAGGCACCUGGAAUCUACCUGCUCACAUCCCAGCCCAGCGAAUCAACCCUACCGCCCGCUCUGUGGAAGGUCUCAACAGGCUUAAGUCAUGGGGAAUGUACCCAAAGCACACUGACAUGUCUCAGCCACACAGAGGCAGCAAAAGCACAAAUAGGAUGCAGACUAGUGGGAAAGCACUGCAGGAUGGUGUUACCCCAUCUGCUGCAGCUGAAGCCCAAACUGCUUCUCAGAACCACCCAGAAACUGGGAGUGAGACAACCACCAACCAGAGCCAGGCAGGCUCACAGGCAGCAGAACAAGCUACAGAAGACAGGCUGCUGACCCAGUGCGCUGCAGCUGAAGAGCAGCCAGCUUUGACGCCCGCUGCUGGGGAGGGAAUCCACAGCAGGCCUGAUACUGGUGAGGGUAGACCAACAAGUAAUGUGUCAGCAAAAGCAGCCAGCCGGGCACCACCACCAUCCUCCAAGCAGAGACAAGGAGACAUACAGCAAGACCAGUGAACAGUCCUUUAAUUCUCAGUGCAUCAGAUAAUAAAAUUAUGAAAAUAAAUACAUUUUAACAGCA